UAUUUCUAUGAGCACGACCCGGAAGUGCUGGAAGCGUUUAGCGCGGCAAGCUCCACCAGAAAGUUUCGCUAAGAGUCUUAGACAUUUCCCCCGUCUCCGCGUGUUUUCCUGUUCUCCAAAGUCGUGUAAGUUAAAAGAUGUUAAGCUCAGCAGGCUGCAGACCGAGGUAGGAGCGGGGAAACAUGAGGCCUGUGCCGCCCGGCCAGGUCUGGUACCACGGCAACAUCAGCAGACUCAAGGCGGAAGAACUUCUGGGGAGGGCCAAGAAGGACGGCUGUUUCCUGGUGCGGGACAGCGAGAGUGUCAAGGGAGCCUUCGCCUUGUGUGUCCUGUACCAUGGAGCCAUACACCAGUAUAGAAUCCUUCCUGAUGCUGACGAACUACUGGCAUUACAGACUAUCCGUGGUGUCCAGGAGCAGCGAUUCUCCAGUCUGCAGGAGUUGGUGACUCAGCACAGCUCCAAAACUGAUGUCCUGGUCUGCCCACUGAAGGAACCCGUACAACAGGACCAGUCUGAGGAGGACUCAGAUGAUGAUGAAGAUGAAGACAGUCUCCAGAAUGUUGGUGACUUUUCCAAGUCCUCCAAGACAGACACAGUCUCACAAGUGUUCCAGAUGAGGCUAGAGCAACUCAGGUUAUCCAGAGUGGACAAUGGUUUUGUUGGUCAGCUGCGGCAGUAUGUCCAGCAGGGCCUGCAGCAGGACAUGGACAGUGUGCGGACAGGAGGGUCAAACCUGCCACAGCUGCACAGACUGGUGGAGCACUCUGCACAGGAGUUACAUGGUCAUUUUGAAAGUUUCCUGGCUAAGAUGGACACCAUGAGGCAACUGUUUGACCAGACUACCCCUGGGAAAAACAGGAAGGCAUCUGACCCUGUCAAGGUACAUGAUGACCAGGGGCAGUUUGACCUGCAGGAGCUUUUGGAGCGACUGGCCACCUGUAAAACAGUCAUUACAAGUUUGGAAAGAAAGGCCUCCAGAGUUCUGCAGGAAUUUGCUCAACCCGAAGCUGAAAGUGAAAACAGGACCAAGGAAAACUUCCCUAAGGGAGAAGUGGCCAAGUCACCCCCACCCUCCAUCCCUCCCAAGACUUUCGAGGUACGACAGGAAAGUCUUGGUGCGAUGAAGUCCACACGGCUGAUGGUGAAGGUGGACGUCAUGAAUGGCAAGCUGUACUGUCUCCGCAGCCCUAAGAACCCGGAGGAAGUCUUCACACACAAGAAAAUUUUGCAGUUGGUCAAGUCUCCAAAGGCAAGACUUGGAAUUAAGAUUGAGGACCAGAAAGGAAAGUACUUCAUUUUUGAGGAUGUCAGGUCCCGGGAGUUGUUCUGUCAGCUCAUCCAGCAUAUGAAGAACAUCCACUCUAAAGACAAAGAUGUGGAUCAAAUCUCUGUCUUUGUAGGAACCUGGAACAUGGGAGAUGCCCCUGCUCCUUCCAACAUUUCCUCAUGGUUCAAGUGUCAAGGCCAGGGGAAGACGAGAGACGAAACCUUCGCUUUGGUACCGUUUGACGUCUACGUAAUCGGCACCCAGGAGUCUGCUGUCAGCGAGAAGGACUGGGUACAGAGGCUUCAGCUGGUGCUAUGGGGCCUUUGCGAGAUCAAGUACCAGCCAGUUGCAGUUAGCACCCUGUGGGGCAUCCGCCUAGUGGUCCUGGUCAAGCCUGAACACCAGCAUAGGAUCAGCCAUGUACAGACAAGCUCUGUCAAGACUGGUAUAGCCAAUGCUUUGGGGAACAAGGGAGCUGUUGGUAUCUCCUUCCUCUUCUGGGGGACAGCUUUCUGUUUUGUUAACUGUCACCUGACAUCAGGCAGUGAAAAAUGUGCCAGACGGAAUCAGAACUAUCACGACAUCUUAAGGGGGUUGAACCUGGGACACUUGAAACUUGGAGGGUUUGAUGUCACAACACAGUUCCACCACGUCUUCUUCUUAGGAGACCUGAACUACAGGCUGGACCUACCUGUUCAGGAAAUCCUGAAGAAGGUGAAUGAGAAAGACUAUGAAAGCCUUUUGACACAUGAUCAGCUGAAGGUGGAACAGGACAAGGGCAGGGUUUUUGUCAGAUUCAAUGAGGAAAAUAUAAGUUUUCCUCCAACUUAUCGCUAUGAAAGAGGACACCGGAAGGAAUACACAUGGCAGAAGUUUAAGAAGACUGGGAUCCGCAUCAAUGUUCCUUCCUGGUGUGAUCGCGUCAUGUGGCGAUCGUUUCCCGACACGUACAUUACCAGUUUAUCCUACGGUUGCACAGAGGACAUUGUAACCAGCGAUCACUCCCCUGUGUUUGCAUCCUUUGAUGUGGGGAUCACCACACAGUAUGUUUCUAAAAAAGAUCUGGGUGGCACUGGUGGGGCAGACAACAAGAAAGUGGAGAUUGUGUUCAAACAUAUGGAUGCCAAGAUAAAAACUAGCAGCAAAACUAGCUUCUAUCUGGAGAUCCAUUCCACUUGUCUGGAGGGACCAUCCCAGAGCACAUGUGUAGAAGGGCUGAGGGAUGGAGGGAACAUCAAAGCUUCAUGGAGCAGUAGUCACCUGCCAUUGCUGUCACCCCUCAUCUCUGACUGGGAGUACCUGGAGGAACAACACCUGCUCCUGUCAGUCAAGUCAGCAGACAGCGACGAGUCAUACGGUGAAUGUGUGCUGUCCCUGAAGAACAUGAUCGCUUCAAUGCCUCAGCAGUUUGACAGUUUCAUCACACAUCUGGGCGAGUGCACAGGGACUCUCAGUGGUUGGAUGCAUGUCAAGGGAGACCAGAGGAUACGAUCACAGAGAGAGAUGUCCCGAAGCUAUGAGCUCAUCUCAUUCGGAGAGAUGGUUGAGGACACCUCGGACCACGUCCUACCGGUUGCCGGCCACCGCCACCUACAACCCGCCCUCAGCAACCCCCUGGAUGGUACGGUCCACAAACACAAACCCGUCAGCAGCACCUCGUCUCUGACUGCCACCAACGAGAUGUACUUCCUCACCAGCGGGGUGGACGACAAGCCACCGGAAGGGCUGCAGCUGACCGACGCCCAGCGGAAGAAACCCAAACCAACCCCUCGGAGGAGGGGUAGUUCCUUAGAGCGCGAGGUGGGUACCGGACAGUCGUCUGGCAGCAAGGUUGACGACGCAGUCAUUACAAGGAAGCAGAGGUCACGCUCCAGUGACCGAUCAGGUGACCCUAUGGACGUCCGGCCGCCAAAACCUCCCCCAAGGCUGUCGUCGUCUCGGUCGGCAUCAGAGAGACGACCACGAGACAGGAAGUUUGUGGCAGAACCAAAGGACCAGAACUCAUCUGUUGCUCCUCCUGUGGCCCCUUACAAGCCACCGCCUGUUGUAAGAGUCACAAAGGAAGACAAUAAGGCUAACUUGGACAUUCCACCUCCGCUACCAAUGAAGAGUAGAGGCAACAGGACUUCUACUGCUUCUGUAUCGGAUAUUCCGCUGUCACCACCUGCACGGACCACACAGCAUCACGAGCAGCAGCUUGCUGAUUGGCUGAGCCAGCUUGGUCUGAUCGUGUACCACGACAAGCUGGUGCGCGCCGGCUGGGACCGGCUGGAGUUUCUAGACGACAUCACGGAACAAGACUUGAUCGACGUUGGCAUGACGAUGAAGGAACAGCGCGAGCAUUUCUUGAGCCAGGUCAAGAAAAAGAAUGAGACAUCUGUUUAGUGGCAACACACUUUUACUUGUGCAGAAAUAUCAGCCAUAAGUUUUGGAGCUUUUCGUAAUGAUGAGUACCCAUCAGUAAGUUGUACUUUUGGGACUCAUGGGAAUAUGCAUGCAGCUUGCAUAGAUUUUAGAGAUACAACAUACAGUGCUGCAAUGUAUUUGUAGAUUGUAUUUGCAAUCAAUAAACUAUCAGUACAUAAAGUUGAUUGCAAAUCAUCUAAUGACAGUAUGUUAUUCUUUUAUUACGAUGUUUUACAAUUAUUGAAUGUUGUCUUCAUGUGUAACGUUCUAUGUCAGUGUGUGCCUUGCUCUGUAAUAAGAGAAGUGCCUUGGUUUUUUAGAGAUACAGUAUUCACUUUAAUUAAGAACAGAAGGAAAGGGGAAGGGGGUCAUGGUUGGUGUGGUUAUUUUUUUCAUGUCAACAGAUUUUUCAAUGUUACUCUUCUUGUUUUGUGCAAUGUAUAUUGGAGGUGGGGCUUGUAGUAAAAAUUACCUUCACAAAUCUGUCAGGAGGAAAUCAAUUCAUUUGAAUGUGUAGCAUAAUACUUAGAGAUGAUAUGAUUGACAUUUCACCUCUACUUCCCUGGGGCCCGGUAAAGGUAUUGCAGUGGGCACUGAACAUUCCAGUGGACAUGAAGACUUAAUCCAACAGUUUCCAGGCAAGGAGCUUUGAACAGGGAGAUAGAUCAUUGGUCUAACUCUGUCAUUGGUGAUCUGAUACUUGAUAGAGGUGAAUAUGGUGAUACAGUUGUACAGCAGUGCUUAUGCUAAAGCGAUGUAGAGUUAAUAUAUGUGUGAUAUGUUAAAUGUUACAACCUCUAGAUCUGUAUUUUGGAAUAUGGAGAAACUUAAGACAUUACUUCACAUCAUGUUGCUUGUGAAUGAUAUUGUGCCUUAAAGAUGGGCAAUCAUACAGGACAUUGUGAUGAACCAACUAUUGGUUACCGAAUUUAAUGUGUAAAAGAAUAUAAAGAUAAUCUAAUACCUUAACUUUAUACAUUUAUAUCAAGUUUCAACGUUUUAUGUAUCAGAAAAGGAAAAUAAAAGUAAUUUUCAGUGUCUUGAGGAUGGAC